GUCUCCUUCCGGGGCGCGGCCGUGCGUGGAGCGCGGUUGCCGUGGAAACCGCGGCCAUGGCGGCGCCCGGGUUGGGAGGCCGCACCGCCCAGUGCUCAGAAGGAGUCGUCUCGGCGGAAUCAUCCGUCACCGCCAGAACGCCAGUGUCGGUCGUAUCCCACGUGUCCCUCGAACUGCCGGUCUCGCCGGGGCAGGUUGUAGAGCCGCCCAGCAAGAACCUGUGGGAGCAGAUCUGCGAGGAGUAUGAAGCCGAGCUGCCUCCCUUUCCAGAAGGAUAUAAAGUCAAGCAAGAAGCCACAGUUACCGUGCCACCACUGGAGGACAUGAUUUUUCGUGGCUUCAACGCAGAACACCUUUAUUCAGCUCCCCGUUUAUCCGUGGACUCCCAAGUACCCUGUCCUCAAGCUCCAUGGGAAACAAUUGACCCCAAAACAUGUUCCCCCAAAGAAUAUUUGGAAACGUUCAUCUUUCCAGUUCUGCUUCCGGGAAUGGCCAGCCUGCUUCACCAAGCAAAGAAAGAAAAAUGUUUUGAGAGGAAAAGAACCAAAUUCAUUGCCUGUGAUUUUCUGACCGAAUGGUUAUACAAUCAAAAUCCAAAGAGGGCAGGGGAGCCAUUCACAGAAUUCUUCUCCAUCCCAUUUGUGGAAGAGUGGCUGAAAUAUCACCCCCGGUCGGCAAUCCCACUCUCCCUCCUGCUGACAGAAGCAGCAGCAGCACUCAUCAUUCAGUCCUUCUGGAGAGCCUAUCUGGUUCGCUGUGAUCCUGAGAUUCAAGAAUUGCGUCAGUGGCAGAAGAAACUGCGUGAGGACAAGUACAUCCGAGAGCGAGUCAAAAUAUUCUGGACCAAACAGGAAAAUAAAGUGAAAUGCAGAAUGGAAGAUGAGGAAGAGCCUGCAGCUAAGACGCCACAUCCUUAACCGCAGUUGGUAUCUUUUCCCUUCGGCGCUCCCACCACCCGACUCAAGGGAAAAAAAGAGUUCCUUCCUCUGUGUCUUUAAAGACUAGAUUUGGGGCAUUUGAAUACAGAAUCUUUUCUGCACAGGCCAGAAUUUGUUGCAAAUCUGAUUUAGUGCAAAUAGGUUUUCGUAAGAAAGCGCUAGUGUUUUUCUCCAUUACCCCCAGUUUUAUUCUUUCAUCGUGUGUAUCUUCAGUGCUUCAGGAUUCUUGUACACCAGCCACUGUUAAAAUGUACAGUGCACUCUAGUUUCAAGAGAUGUGCAAGUGUUCUAAUUACCACUUUCCCACUUUUGGCCGCCUUUGCAAAGAUUCAUGUUUAAAAUUAAGCCUGAAACCUCUGCAGUGGGUUUUAAGUUUAUCUGGUGACACUCUUUGCAGAAAAAAAAGACACUAUGGCCUGUGGUCAUUUCCCAAGGAGACAAACCUUUAACUUUGACCCAAACCCAACAAGAUAAGACGCUUAAACCCAGACAAUAACAGAUAAGGCAUUUUUAUUGUCUAGGCCUCCAAGGAUUAUAGAAAGUUCCUCAUUUGAUGGGUAAACUGACUUAUUACCCUCAAUUAUUCUGCAGUUUGCUGUGGACCGGGCCUCUCCCACGCAAAAUGCCACAGACAGCCUCCAGGCAGAUCCAACAGCCAAGUAGUUGGAAGGGGUUGUUUUGACAAGCUACCACACGUCUUAAGAAUAGUAAAGCCUUUAUUAUUUUUUUUUCGCGUGUUAAGAACAGCAUUUUGAAAAUAAAACCUAUCUGCCCAUGCUUUACAUUUUUAAAUUUGUAAUGUUUAUAUACAGUCAUCUGUGGUACACAUUGAUUGUCUUGAAAUUUCUUUAACGAUUUUUUUUUCUUUUUAGAAGUAUGCAACAGUCAGCCAGGUUACAUUAUAAA